AUGUCCGACGAGCACAAGCACACGAUAUCCGAGAAGCAGGGCGGCGACGUCGAGAUCGUCGGCGUCAAGGAGAUGGACGCCGUCGAGGUGGACGCCGUGUUUGGCUUCCAGGGCGAAGGCCACAUCCACUACACGUCGAUGGGAUGGAUGCAGGCCGCCGUCAUCCUCCUCAAGACGCAGGUCGGCCUCGGCGUGCUCGCCAUGCCGUCGCUGCUGCAGAUGACUGGCGCCGUGCCCGGUGUUAUCAUGAUUGUGGGCCUCGGCUUCCUCACCACAUGGUGCGACUAUGUGGUAGGCACGUUCAAGCACAACCACCCCGAGGUGUAUUCUAUCGCCGACGCCGGGUACAUCAUGUUCGGCAACGUCGGCCGCGAGGUCUUUGCCAUCGGGUACUGGUGCUUCACUGUUGGCGUGGCGGGUGCGGCGAUGGUUGCCAUUUCGAUCGGGUUCAAUGCAAUCAGUGACCACGCUACAUGCACUGUCGUGUGGGUUGUCAUGGCCGCUACUAUCGCCGCUGCUGCUGCCUCGAUCCAGACGCUGAACAGAGUGUCCUGGAUCGGUUGGAUCGGGGUGUGUGGCAUCUUCACAGCGGUCCUGAUGGUCACUAUCGCGGUUGGCGUACAAGAGCGCCCAGCUGCUGCACCGAAGACAGGCCCGUGGGACAAGGACACCCACGCGUUCGUCAACGCGUCGAUCUGGGACGUCGUCAGCGUGCUGUCGACGCUGGUCAUGUCCUACGGUGGCACACCAGUCUUCUUCGGUGUCAUUUCUGAGAUGAAGAACCCCCGCGACUACAACAAGUCACUAGCGGUAUGCCAGUUCCUCACCAUGGGACUCUUCACGACUGUUGCGAUCGUCGUUUACUUCAAGGCGGGGCAGUACCUCUCCACACCGGCCCUUGGGUCCGCUGGCCCCCUCAUCAAGAAGGUGUCGUAUGGGUUUGGUAUCGUCGGCCUCUUUGCUUCGGCGAUCGUCUUUCUGCACUCUGCCGCUAAGCUCGUCUUCGUGCGCGUGAUGCGCAACUCGCACCAUCUCACGGCUCUCACCCCCACGCACUACAUUAUGUGGUUUGGAACGACAAUCACCUGCGCGACGCUUGCCUUCCUCAUCGCCGAGUCCAUCCCCUUCUUCGGGUCGCUCCUUACCCUGAUCGGCGCACUCUUCGCGACGCUCAUGACCCUCCAGUCCACGGGGUGGAUGUGGCUCUUUGACAACUGGGACCGCCGUAAGCAGUCCAACCCCGGCUGGAGUUUCUGGCCCAUGGUCGCCCUAAACGUGUUCAUCGUCAUCCUCGGCUUUUUCAUCCAGGUCAGCGGUACCAUUGCUGCUGGUAAAGAAAUCCGCGCCCAGUACCGUGCUGGCAAGGUUGACCGGCCGUUCUCGUGCAAGGACAACUCGAAGUAG